AACCGUAAGCUGCUCUUUGAGCGGGAUAUGCUGGUUUGAAGAUAUCAAUUUUUGGGGACUUCGAUGGUAGAUUGAAGAUAUUGUUGUGUUGAUCCCAAGCGAGUCCAGGUGAAGGAUAAAAGAGUUUGAUGCGAGUUUCUGGCUCAGCUUUACUGGGCCGCCAUUUUUCUGGAAUAAGAGGCCGCAUAAGUAAGGUGCAAAUACAAUUAAAAUUCCAGAAAGAAAUUGGAAGUUCAGGUUGCAGCUAGGAGAAGUCUUCACGGGUUAAUUAUCCAUUUCAUAUGAAAAAUCACUGGAGUUUAUGUAUACUCGGCCGCCUAUCUUUCAUAGUUUAAGGAAACCAAGCUUCAGAAAAAAGACGUGAGGAUUCCAGCUGGUCGCGGCUUUUCUGAGAGAGUCGUGGAUUUAUUUUACCAGUCGCAAAGGAUAGUUGCUGGCCUCUAAGGAUUAGGGCAUGGCGAGUCAAAGAAUUGGGGAUCGCAGGUCGAUGUGAGGAUAAAUUGGGUUGUUGCUGGUUUAAGAAACAGAUUAUGGGAGGACACCGCCAUUAAUAUUACUGCUGUGCGGCAUAAAAAGGAUUGCGGCAUUUAUAGAAAGGGUGAACUUUCCUUUACUUGUGCAGCCGCCCUCUCAUUUCCUUAAACACACCUGCCAUUGGACGCGAGAAUAGUAUGGGGAGGGACAUACUGGCGCGAGGAUUGUAGGAGUGAGUCGCCAUUAAUAUUAUAGCCAGGUUAUGUAAAUUCUUUGAGUCGAGACUCAAGGGAGAGGGAAACUAUAUUUGGGGCUCGUUGUUUCUGCUCACCUGCUACUCGAACCUCGCAGCACCGCAGAGCCAAAUCUGCAUCAUAUUUAUCAAUACAUGCUAAUAUCACUUUCUGCAUGCACAAACGUACCACUGGGUAAUAAUAAUUGCAGGAUUUCACUGCGGCCAUGGCCUCAGGUCCAACGGCUUUGCCGUGGGAAUGGAUUAUCGAAAAGCUAGUCGACAAUAAAGAAAUUGAAACCCCGCUGCUUAAAGCGAUGAUAAUGCGCGUUCCGGACAUAAAAAGUCCUUCCUGCAGUAGCCUGGAAGAAAGAAUUGCGCUGAGAUAUUUGGAAGAGAGUGUGUUUUCUGGCAAAUUUGAAGCACAUGCAAUCCCUCUCAUGAAGGCUUUCCUUGGUUCGUCUUUGCAAGACUCAACCGAUGCUGAAGAUUUGCUUCUUCGAAUUUGCACCGAGGUUGUUUUAGGCCACAUAAGAGAGGUUGAUGAAGAUGGAGAAAGAGAUUGGGAGGGUUUUGAAGAUGAUUUAAAUCAGGUGUUUGGAGAAUAUGACUUAUUGCUGCCAUUUGUCAGCCGAAGGAAUGAGCUCCUAGGGCUGGUAAAAGAUAAAAGUUCCUGUCUUUCAGCAUUAGAGAAAUAUCCAGUUGAAGUAUUGAGGAAUGAUUUGCUUCAUUUUAUUCAUGGGAAGAAGAAUUGUUUCAGUAGAACUGUUAUUGAUCAGCUGGUUUGUGAUAUCGCUGAUGGGCGCUAUACCUGUACAUCUUUCCCACAUAAGAAGCAUGUGUCAACAGGAGAUGAAAUCAUCACAUGUGUGUCUAGAAAGCGAUGCUGCAGAGAAGCCACCUUGCAGUGUGAGAAUAGAAUUGCAGAAGGUCAAAAAAAAUUAAAGCACAGUGAGAAUGAUAUCUCUCCAUCGCAUGUUGAGAAGAUAAAAGAAUGCAUUGUGGCUAGAUAUAAUGUCUCUGAAAAUGAUUUACAGAAGAGAAAUACUUUAGGCUCUCAAACAGGGAACUUGAACAAUGAUCUUCAAAAUACAAAUGAUUCUUCGGCUAUGGGAUCUAGACAAGAGGUGAAUUGCAAUAGAGAUAAAGAAAUACCACAGGAAUCAAGUAGCACCGAGUCAAAAAAUAACAAUAGUAAUUGCAACUGUAGCAAAAGCACUGAUGAUGGAGACUAUGGCUUGGAACAACAAAUAAGUGAACGAGAGGAGGAAAAUAAUUCAGAUACCGAAGGCAGAAAGGAGAAUCACAUACUUGACUCUGAGGAGCUGCCAGAACCAGAUCAUCUGUUACUGGGGAAUGAUUGCCUCGGACAAAGUUGUUUGAAAUGUAAAGAUGGUGGAUCAUUGUUCUAUUGUGAUGGGUGUUCUAUUGCUUUACAUUUUAAUUGUCUGCAAUCAGACAUAUCUAUCACAUCAAGGGAAAGUGUUGAUUGCCCUGUCUGUUCAUACAAAAAAGCCCUUGCUGCUUACAGAACAGCCAAGAAAGAAGCACUUGAAUCCAAAAAGAGGUUACUUGCAUUCAUUGAUAUCAAAGCAAUCCAAGGUAACAAACAGACCUCACGAGACAACUGCAAAAGUAAAGAGCAAGUGCUUCCAGACACAGGGAACACUUCGAAGGAUCAUUCUAGUCAUCCAUGUGCAUUUAAUUUAGCCUCUAUGAGAAAAAAACUGCCUUCACAUAGCAGGAGCUCCAAAAGUAUUGUUCAUGAAAAUGAAUUACCUGAUGAAAUUGGAAAUAAUGAGCAAUCUAAGCAGACAGAUGCUCAUGAUGAUAUGCUUAAUGGAGAUCUUGGAGAAAGUCACCAUGGGAAUAGGAAAAACAGAAUUCGUAAUAAAGAGUCAUCGAUGAGGGGCUCCAAAAGUAUUGUCCAUGAAAAUGAAAUGCCUGGUGGAAUCAGAAAUAAACAGCAAUUUAUGCAGACAGAUGCUCAUGAUUGUAGGCUUAGUGGAGAUCUUGGAGAAAAUCACUACGCGGAUAGGAAAAACAGAAUUCGUGAUAAGAAGUCAUCAAUGAGGGAAACCUUUCCCUUGCCUGGUGCACGUAGAGUCAAGUUGCCUUGGACAAAGGAUGAAGAAGAGAUUUUAAAGGAAGGUACGAAUAAAUUCCCAUGCGAUUCCAACGGAAUGAAAUGGAAAUGCAUAUUAGAGCAUGGCAAAGGUGUAUUUCAUAACUCUCGUCUUCCUGGUGACUUGAAGGAUAAAUGGCGUAAUAUGAAAAAACUCAAAAAAGGCAAUUCCUGAAGUACUUUAUACACCAAGUUAUCUUGCCAAUAUUUUUAUCACUAUAAUGAGAAUCACUAAUUUGCUGAUUCAACUUUGUAUGGGAUGCAUUCUUAGUUUUAGUUCUCGACCUACUUCUUCUAAGAAUGAUAUCAUUACUUCACUGAAAACAUUCUGUGGUGUCAUAGGCUGUUUGAUGUUGAAUGCUUGUAUGAUACUACAAAAUACUUGUUUUGAGGGCAUGCUUACUCUGCAAGUCCCAUCAUUGAAUCCUAGCCUAUAUGGCUUAUCCAAAAAUGUCUGAAGAGAAUGUUAAGAGAUAUGCCUUCUCUGAUUCAUUCAAAGCAUAUGUCAUGUACCCUUUACAUUUUGUUAUAGUUUUAUACUUUUUUGGUA